AUGGCCGCUCCUACUGCUAUAAGGAAGACCACUGAACAGAGUGGUAUAAACGAACAAACACAAGAAAACUCUACUCUGCAUCCUAACCAAACAAUAGAUCAAGACAAUGAUGACGAAGAUAUGUUAAUUGAUACAACUGCCGUCCCAACUACAACAGCCGAUGGCCAAGACCAAUCUGAACCAUCCAAUUCUUUAAGUAUACAACAAGGAGAAACCACUGAGCUUCAACUAGAUGAAUCCGGCAAACCAAGGUUUUCUGCUGCAUCAAAAUCCAACAUGAAGGUCAAAUUAGAAAGCAGAAAAGUGGCCGUGCCACCUCACAGAAUGACCCCAUUGAAGAAUGUAUGGAGUAAAAUAUAUCCUCCUUUGGUUGAACAUUUGAAACUACAAGUUAGAAUGAACUUGAAAACAAAGACUGUCGAGUUGAGAACAAACAAAUACACUACUGACGUGGGUGCUUUACAAAAAGGUGCUGAUUUCGUCAAAGCUUUUACAUUGGGAUUCGAUGUUGACGAUGCAAUCGCAUUAUUGAGAUUGGAUGAUUUGUAUAUCGAAACAUUUGAAAUCAAGGAUGUCAAAACUUUAACUGGAGAUCAUUUGUCUCGUGCGAUCGGUAGAAUUGCUGGUAAAGACGGUAAGACUAAAUUUGCCAUAGAGAAUGCUACCAGAACAAGAAUAGUGUUGGCUGAUUCAAAAAUUCAUAUAUUGGGAGGGUUCACACAUAUAAGAAUGGCACGUGAAGCCGUUGUGUCGUUGAUUUUGGGUUCUCCACCAGGGAAAGUUUAUGGUAACUUACGUACAGUUGCUAGUAGAAUGAAAGAAAGAUAUUGA